GCGACGGUGCACUCUAAAAAAUCAUACGCCCACGCCUUCGACGGGCGCACGCGCAAUCCGCGGUGGGUGAUGGAGAAGAUAACCCCCGACACGCUCGCCGGACCGGGAACGCGGAAGAAAUCGGACUUUUACGAGGACGAGGAGGUGUCCUGGAAGCAUCGCUCUAGACUCGACGCGUUUCGCGGAAGCGGAUACGAUAGGGGACAUUUGGUCGCGGCGGCGGAUCAAAAGGGAAGUCAGGAAGAAAUGGACGCGACGUUUGCGCUAUCAAACAUUUCGCCGCAAAUCGGUCCAGGAUUCAAUAGGGAUUUUUGGGCAAAGUUCGAGCAAUUUGUGCGAGACGCGGCGAGCGAAUCGUCGUCGAAAGCCGCUUACGUAGCCACGGGGCCGCUCUUCUUGCCGAGCCAGAGAGUAGAGGGUGGGAGUCUACCUAGGCCCACGGAGUGGGAGAUGCGAUAUCCAAUGCUUGGCGAGCCGCCAGCGAUGAUGGCGGUACCGACGCACUUCUUCAAAGUCAUCUUGGUGGAAGGAAAGGACGAUACCGUAUCAUGUGCGGCGUUCGUUCUUCCGAACGCGCCGAUACCAAACAACUUUCCUUUGCGACGUUUCGUCGUUCCUUUGACUGAUCUCGAAGUUGUGAGUGGUCUUGAAUUCUUUAAACGUGGAUUAGCC